UGUAGUCCGUGUAGGAAGUCUUCAGUUUCGAGCCUUUUGCCAGCUUCCCCAAAAUGUGAAAUAUCUUCAAGCUGCAGUCCGUGUAGGUCUUCAACUUCGAGCCUUCUGCCAGCCUCCCCAAAAUGUGAAAAGUCUUCAAGUUGCAGCCCUUGUAGGAGAUCUUCAAUCUCGAGCGAUUUACCGGCUUCCCCAAAAUGUGAAACAUCUUCAAACUGCAGUCCGUGUAGAAGGUCUUCCACUUCGAGCCUUUUACCAGCCUCUCCACUAUGUGAAAUAUCUUCAAGCUGUAGCCCUUGUAGAAGAUCUUCAACUUCAAGUCACCUUCCUGUCUCCCCAGUAUGUGAAUUGUCUUCGGCUCGUACCCUGAGCAGAAGCAUUGAUAGUUCUCGUUCGACUUUGUUACCAAGUUCACCGAACUGCCAGAUGUCUUCAGGCCAAACGGUUUCUACCACUAGUGUCCCUACACUACCCCCGAGUCCUUUCCCAUCUCCACCAGCGUGUGAACUUUCCUCGGUGCAAUCACCUAGAGGCAGCACACCAGGUGCAUUGGGAGGUUUAAGCGAUCCAGAGAAACUCACCACUUCCACGUCUGCAAAUGAAGAUGACGAUGAAGAAAUGCAUGACGACCUUUAUUGGACAGCAUCAAAAGUAAAUGAAGAUAAAGACAAUGAUGAUAAUGCUAGUGGAGGACAAGCACAUCCAUUUUCCAACUGCUCACAUAAUGACAAUGGAAAUGUCCAAAUCAGCCAAAAGUCAGAAAAUCAACAGAAGUCAAAUGGGAUGUGCAACACGGGAUGUGGCUGCUAUACGAAAAAUACAUGUAAUACAAAGUAUUCUCAUGCUACUCCCAAGAAAUCUUAUGAUGGUAAUUUAAGGGAAUUCAUAGACGAAGACAACUCAAAUCAAGAUGAUAUCAUAAAUCAAAGAUACAUUUCCGAUGACGAUCAGUUGAAAAUGUAUUUUAAACCUGCGGGACAUACAAACGAACAAGAUCAAACUGAAAAAGUGGAAGCCGUUCGUAUUAUCCGGGUGGAGAAACAUACCCAAUUACGUGCGCUUUCCUACCGAGGUGUUUCAGUUAAUAAUAUGCACGGUGACAAUGGUCACAUCAAGCACGCUAGACAAUCCAAGAUGCAAGCAAAAGUAAUGGAGACUCACACAAAAUAUGUUUUGUGCGAGAUAGUAAGAGACAUGAAGACGACCCGCAAUCCUUAUGAUGAUUGCACGAAAGAAGGUGCAGGCGACUUUUCCAUCCCCAAUAAAAGUGAAAGCGACACUUUAGCUUCUCAAGAAAACUUGAUGCAAGACGUCGAUUAUUUAGGAAAACAAUUAAACUCCAUUCAGAACAGUUUCGACAAGCAUGAUGAAAAAUAUGAGCCACUUCUUGGUGAGGGUACUGACACACCUUCGCAGACUAAAACUAAUCAAAGUGCGACUAUAGUGAGUGAUACCUUACAAGUGGGACUCAGUCCGAAAGAUAUACGCUGCAGUAGUCAAGCAAUUGAUUCAUUACAUCGAAAGAUAGUUCAUUUGGAGGCGGUGAUUGCCACUCUUUCUAGCGAAAAUAAAAGCUUUAUUCGGGACUACGUGGAAUACAGGAAUAUCCUAUCAUGCUAUCAAAAUGACUUGAGAAAAUACGUUCAGGCAAUAUCAGAACGUUCAAUAAACCCUCGAUUUCAAAGAGAACCUUCAAAAGAGUCUAGUAAAGCCGAAUGGAUUACUUAUUCUAGAAAAGUGAUGCAGGAGGUAAAAGCAGCAAGAGGACAAAAAUUUGCCCUUGAAGCUACCAGAAAAGAGCGCGAUUCGUUACUUUUGGAGAGAAAUAGUUUGCAGAAAAAGCUGGAAAUAUACGCGAAGCUUCAAGAGUACUUCCUGGCACAGCAUUUCGGUCCGCCAUUGAAAUUUAGAGUUAGAAGGCUCACGAAAUCUGCCAAAAAAUAUAAAGCUCUGGUCAAUCAAUAUAAAAGUAGCAACCGUAAUUUAUUAAAACAACGAAAAGAAGCUUCAUCUGCUCUGCGAAUUUACGAAGAGAUACUACAGUUACGUGAAAAAGAGCUGCAAAUGAUAACUGCCCUAGCAACUGAAGAAAUUCAGAACUUAAAGCAGGAAAAAGAGAGUUUUUUGCGACAGUUCGAAAUCGAGAAAACUGGCGGGCGGAAAUUGUGCAGAGAGCGGAAGAAUUCAACGCAAAGUCUAGAGGAAUUUAAGUUAAAACAAGGGGAUCAAAGAAGGGAAGAUGCUAGUGAAUCUGAUGCAAUGUCGGCGGGAAAGAUUUUCCCUGAGAAAAACGGACGUGAGACAACCUAUCCUAAAGUAGGUUUUUCAACACUUCAACAAUUACCAGUUGACGAAUCUUCCGAACGUUUGGCCGCGGACAUCCACCAAUUGCAGGACUUCUUACAAAAUGUCCAGCAAAAAAUUCAUUACCUUUUGCAUGAUACAUUUCAGUAUAGCAAAGAGGAUGUCAAAAACGAGCUGAUGAAAAUCUCUAGAUAUAUUGAUGAGAUAAAACAGAAAAUGAACAGAAUUUCUAAAGAAUCAUGCUUAAUCCCCAAUGGCAAGGAAACAGCAGCACACGAAGAGGAUCCGAAACUACAUGACAUUUGCAUCAAGAUUAUCCUUCAAGGAGUUGGCGAGCUAUAUGAGGACGAUUUUACUUAUUUGCAAUCAAGAAUUCAGAGCGCUAGGCAAACGAAAAAUAAAGAUUGGGACUCAGAAUCCUCAAAUGAUGACUCUUCAGCUUCUUCAGAGUAUAGUACAGUUAAUUUCUCUAAAUAUAAACUAGAAACUGACGAUGAGAAUCCUGAAGACUUGCUGCACAAUCUUCAAUAUUCUGAUGAUGAGAGAAAUAUUUUUUAAAAAUGUUGUAAAUAUGGUGACGUUUAUUGAUGGUUUUAAAAAUGAUUGAGUAAAUUUUUAUUUGAAAA